AGACGACGCCUAAUUGGGAGCUGUUUUUGUUUUGUUUGUUUUUUUUUCGAUUCACUCAAUAGAUAAUUUUCUUACAAAAACAAAAUACGUCAUUGUCUCUAUCAAUAUCCAAUCUUAUUAUUCUAUUUAGGCAAUCUUAUUAUUAUAUUUACUUUUGUAAGAAAGUAAGAUUUCCAGACCUCAAAAGGCAUCAUAUUCAUCCAAAAACCGGUCCAUCGCUGCAAGGCAACCACCCACCGAUUGUUGAGUUUCAGUCUCCGCCAUGUGUAACGGCCACCACCGAUCUUUGUUCAGAGGUAGCAUUUCUCCUAACCAGACCUCCGUACCGGAAAACGGCGACGCUUCCGUUGUGGACAAUCUACGGGGUCGAUUAGCGGAAACAGAGUCGCGGCUGGCUCAAGUUAGGGCUCGAGAGGCGGCGCUCAGCCGAAUCUUGGAGGAAAUGAAACGAUUAGUUUCUGUGAUGGAGAUCCUCAAGAACUACCUGAAACGGCGGUACAGAGACCGCCAAGAAUAUGUGGUUCGUCUCCUCGCCCCUCUAUCUAGAAAAUAGAAAUUCCUCUUCUUCAUCGCUGUCUGUAAUAUUAGCGGUACCAAUCAAAAACUCGUUUUGGUUACAUGCUUCUUCGUUCUUCUUAUUCACAAGUCUUGUUGACUAUAUUCUCCACCAAAUCUACGGAUUUAUUUAUUCGCUCUUGAU